GAGAUUGGAGAGGGAGAGAGAGAUUGGAGAGGGAGAGAGAGAGAGAAGCGAGAGAGAAGGAAUCUAUUCCACUCAACACAUCGACAGAUGAAAAUUUCCCUAUGAGUUCUUGGAGAUUCAGUCCGAGGGUUACAGUUAGAUUAGUUUAGUGUAACCAUGCCAUCAGCUUUGGCUUUACUUUUUUGCCCAGGGAACUAAAGAAACAAUCAUACACAUAACAAAAGCAUUCAUCGAUUUGGAUUUAUCUCAGACCACAAGCUAGUGCUGUCCAGCAGUCAUGAGAAUGUCAUGAACUUCUCUACAGAGCCGCCUCAACCUGUCCAACUUCUUUCCGCGCUUUACCCCCCCAGCUGUGAAAGGGCGGUCACCAGUGUCCAGACCAACGUCCAUCUGAAUAAUAAAAGUCGGAGACCCAUUCACGAUGAGGAGUCGGAUUUUGGGGCCCUGGUGUACAUUGUGGUGGUACUGGUCUUUUACUCAGCAGGUGUGAUGGUGAUGAUAGUUCGAUACCUGAAGACAGAGAAGAAAGAGCUCGAAGAAGAGGCUGCACUGGAGAACUUCUUCAAGUGCAUGCCCGACAAGAAGCAGGAGCAGGAGCACCGGGUCAACAGGGUGGCCAUCCACGCCUUCCACACUCUCACGUCCAUCUCUUACGAUGAGGAGGAGUUCGAAGACAGGGACACAGCAACCGAGGAGCCAUCGCCAGUACCCUCGGCGAGAAAGGCUUCCAGCAAACUGGCGCUCGCGCUGUUGUCUGACGACGUCACACAGCAUCCGAUCACGUGAUUGGUGGAGCGUCUAUGAUGAGCCAAUCAAAUGAGCUUGUCGUAGAUUAUUAUUAAUAAUAUUCAUGUGUAAAACGUUUUUCUGAAGAACAUGAGUUGUGGGAAUUGAGGAAACCCAAAUGUAAGUCAAAGGAGCUAGGUGUAUGCAUGUUACAUGGAAAUGGGAUUUGUUUUUUAAAAUAAUGUAAAUAAUGUAAACCAAUUUUAAACACCAUUUUACAUCUUGUGUUAAAUCUACCUAGUGGGAUCCGUAACCGUGUUACAGACAGGAUGAGCAACCAUAACAUUUUGCUAUUUUUAAGCUUUUCUAUGAUUUGAGAUAUUUCCUAUGGAACUUACUGACUGUAUUACUGAAAAGGAUCAUUAGUACACUGAACUAUAUUUUUGAAAUUUGUUAACAUCUAGGCAUUUUAAAUUAUAUAAUUUUUUUUUUUUUUUUAGAAAUAUGAAAGUGUUUUCUUUGUUCAUCGAUGAAUCUCAAUAAAAUGUAUUUUAUACAGAAUUAGCAUAACACUGUAACACACACACACACACACACAUAUAUAUAUAUAUACACACACAAACACACACUUGCUAAACAAAGUCCUAGAUCACGAGAUCUUUUUAUUUCGAGAGAGACCAUUGGCACUUAUAUAAAAGCCUCAUCAGUAUUUGAAGCUCCAUUUAUAGUUAAAUUUCUGAAGAAAUUAUUAAAAUACUUUUAGGGCAGAAGAAGAUUAAUUUCCCAGGUUCUAAUUUAAUUGGGGAUUUUUACGCAUUUCCCCCAAUCCUAAAACCUCUCCCUUGUAAGACUGUUAAACGUCACAUGUGUAUGACUCGUUUGUCACAUGUGUUGACUCGUAAAGAAAGUUCGCAGUACAAAGUUUCUGUAUUUAAAAAAAAAAUAAUUUUUAAACAUUUUAAUAAGUGUAGACUACCAGGUUAUGUGAGUCAGCUACAAUUUGGACAUUUCUAUCCAAAUCUACUAGAUAUCCUAUUUUCUUUACUUUAAUCAAAUCAAAACAAAUCACUUUUGUUUUUGUUCUUUUUUAAAUUAAAAUAAACAAAAGAUUUUUUUAUUAAAUAAUUUUUAACCUGCAGCAAUGGUGUGAAAAUAAGGGAAGCAAUAAAUACAAUAACAAUUACGUUUGUGAACUACUUUAUUUUCGAGUGUCCUCCCCUGACAUCUUCAGCCUAAAAAUAUCUGCCGAUUUUACGAAACUAUAUUCCGCAGAACUCUAGUGUACCGUGUGUCCGAAGAGGUGUUCCGUGUGUCCUGAAAAAGUGUUCCGUUUCUCCUGAAUAGGUGUUCCGUUUCUCCUGAAUAGGUAUUCCGUGUUUCCUGAAUAAGUAUUUCGCGUGUCCUGUAUAGGUGUUGUGUGUGUGCUGAAUAAGUGUUCUUCUAAAAUAUAAUGUAAUUAACUAAACAGUUGUUCUGCAGAUUACCCAGUUAUUGCACAGACUGAUAUCCUUUAAUGUGCGGGAAACAUGUUUCAUUUUUCACAUUACACUUUUUAAAAAGUACUUGAUUUUUUUGUUUCCAUUUUGAACACUGCAGACCAGCAGACGGACAUUUUCUAAGCUCUUCAGUUUGUAGCACAAAAUAAUGCCAAUAAGGAGGAAAGAAUUAGCUUUCACCUUUUUACUUUAAACUUAUUUAAAAACAAUAAGGCGAAUAACUAGCGUUACUAUAGGGAUACUGUUAGGGCAGGGUUAGGAAUUAGUUAUUUGUUAUGUAAAUAAGGGAAGAUUUGACUUAGACGUAGUUUUGUGAACGUAGAGAUUUAUCUUGACGACAUUCGACGGUUCCCUUCGUUAUUAUUAAACGUCUUGUUCGACAUUCACUAUCAGCGUCGACUAAUAUUGAUGGCUUUUCGCCUGUGUAAUUGGAUGUCGUUAUGUGUGUGUUACCUUCGUUUGACUGAUCUGCAUAGCGCGGAAGCGCCUUACAACACGAAGAUCAACUACCAUUCCAUUGAGAUAGUGUGAAAAUUUAAGUUCAAUUCUUUUUUUUUUAAAGUAGUUGGCAGGGAAUCUUAAUUAGCAUCCUUGACAUUGACAUUGUUUGGCUGACCAUGGGAAAUCUCCAAUAAUGUACAUAUGUUUUGUUUGAAUGCAUAGAACGGAGAAUCGAAAUUUCGAUACACUGAGAUAUUGAUUUUAGACUUUCUAUAAACUUUCUGGAGCGAGGGCAGCGGGUUAUUUAAAAACAAUUAAACUUGGAGAGAAAAAAACGAGGACAUUUAUAUGUGAGUGACAUUUGUAUAUGAGAGACAUUUAUAUGUGAGUGACAUUUAUAAUUGAAUCAAUGCUUCUAAAACUUCCCUAUUUAUGUAUCAGAUCGCUUAUCCAUGUCUCCUUCACAAACUUAACAAGAUAGAACUGUUCCAUAACUGUUCCAUAACUGUUCCAUAACUGUUCCAUAACUGUUCCAUAACAAUAAAUAUUUGAUUCUGGAAUUGUUUACAUUCUCUUUAUACAUCUAGCUAGCCAUUUGUAUGGAUUUAUUUCAUGAUCACAAGUGAGUUAUUAUAUUUUCUAUCAGGUUCUAUCUACUUUUAAUUUUAAUCUAUAAUUAUCUUAAUUACUAUUUAUUGUUAUUAUUAUUGUACUGUUUAAAGUUAUAUUCAUGCACUUCACUAUUAAACUAUGUUCACGCUCUCA